CGACCGCUGCUCCGCCCUGGCUUCCUACGGUCUGUGUUUCUGCCCUCGCUCCCGCAGCUUUGCCUUGCGCGAGUUGGCGUGGUAGAGCGUGCGGGUCCGAGGCCGGAGCGUCCGGGUCCGCAGCGGGCAGGCACGACUGUGCAGCCCGGGGAGGCCGAGGGCCGGGCUGACAGGGGUGUCAAGACCCGGGCCCGGCGCGGCCUCCUAGAGCCAUUCCAAGUACUUCUCCAGACGUUUCCUUCAGCAGCAGAAGAUGACUACAUCGUUGGGCCCGCUGUCCUUCAGGGACGUGGCUGUGGCCUUCACCCAGGAGGAGUGGCAGCGGCUGGGCUCUGAGGAGAAGACGACGUACAGGGACGUGAUGCUGGAGACCUACAGCAACCUCGUCUCCGUGGGGUGUCACAUUAUCAAACCGGAUGUUAUCAUCAAGUUGGAACAAGGAGAAGAGCCAUGGAUAGUAGAAGGAGCGUUCUCACCUCAGAGCUAUCCAGAUGACCUCUGGCCGGCAGAUGACCUGAUGGAGAAAGGCCUGGGCGAUGGACAGAAGCUCUCAAGGGCAGCUGUGCUCAGACACAGAAGCAUGAUCAGAAAGACGGGCGAUGUUGCCGGCGAAGCCGCUGCUGUAGAAACACUUGUUCCUUCGGGGAAAGUCAUCCCUAAAUGCAGCUCCUGCGCCAAGAGCUUGACGUGUAUCUCCGCCUUCAUCAGCAGCGAUGGAAGCUACGCAAAGAUGAAGCCCAAUGUCUGUGCUGGGUGUGGGAAAUCGCUGCUCCAUGCUAAGCCCGAGAAAACACAUCCAGGAGAUGAUUCUUACGAAUUUAGUCAGAAUGAAGACGAUUACACUCUAAGUGAAGAGAAUUUUUACCAAAAAAUUUGUACUUUGGAGAAGCCCUUUGAAUAUGCUGAGCGCCAGAAAUCCUUCCCAAAGAACACUGUUUUCGCUGAUCCCAUGGAAGAGAAGCCCUACGACUGGAGUGAAUCUGAGAUGGCUUUCCUGCAGAUGUCAGAGCUCGGUGUCCACCAGAGUUCUCACGUGGAAAUGAAACCCUACGAGUGCCGGGAGUGCGGGAAGGCCUUCUGUAAAAAGUCAAAAUUCAUCAUCCACCAGAGAACUCACACAGGAGAGAAACCGUUUAAGUGUAACCAGUGUGGGAAGUCCUUCUGCCAGAAGGGCACCCUCACCGUCCACCAGAGGACACACACGGGGGAGAAGCCCUAUGAAUGUAACGAGUGCGGGAAGACCUUCUACCAGAAGCUACACCUCAUCCAGCACCAGAGAACUCACUCGGGAGAGAAGCCCUAUGAAUGCAGCUACUGUGGGAAGUCCUUCUGCCAGAAGACGCACCUCACGCAGCACCAGAGGACACACUCAGGCGAGAGGCCCUACAUCUGUCCCGACUGUGGAAAGACUUUCUCCCAGAAGUCAGCCCUUAACGACCACCAGAAGAUCCACAGCGGGGUGAAGCUGUACAAGUGCAGCGAGUGUGGCAAGUGCUUCUGCCGCAAGUCCACACUCACCACGCACAUGAGGACGCACACCGGGGAGAAGCCCUACGAGUGCAACGAGUGCGGGAAGUUCUUCUCCAGGCUCUCCUACCUGACUGUGCACUACAGGACCCACUCGGGGGAGAAGCCCUACGAGUGUGCCGAGUGCGGGAAGACCUUCUACCUGAACUCGGCCCUCAUGCGGCACCAGAGGGUGCACACGGGGGAGAAGCCCUACGAGUGUGCCGAGUGCGGGAAGCUGUUCUCACAGCUGUCCUACCUGACCGUGCACCACCGCACCCACUCGGGAGUGAAGCCCUACGAGUGCAGCGAGUGCGGGAAGACCUUCUACCAGAACUCGGCCCUGUGCCGGCACCGGAGAAUCCACAGAGGGGAGAAGCCCUACGAGUGCUACAUAUGCGGGAAGUUCUUCUCGCAGAUGUCCUACCUCACCAUCCACCACCGCAUCCACUCCGGGGAGAAGCCCUACGAGUGCAGCGAGUGCGGGAAGACCUUCUGCCAGAACUCCGCCCUGAACAGGCACCAGCGGACACACACAGGGGAAAAAGCCUAUGAGUGUUACGAGUGUGGGAAGUGCUUCUCGCAGAUGUCCUACCUCACCAUCCACCACCGCAUCCACUCAGGGGAGAAGCCCUUUGAAUGCAGCGAGUGCGGGAAGGCCUUCUCUCGGAUGUCCUACCUCACCGUGCACUACAGAACACACUCGGGAGAGAAGCCCUACGAGUGUGCCGAGUGCGGGAAGAAGUUCUACCACAAGUCAGCGUUCAAUAGCCAUCAGAGGAUUCACCGAAGAGGGAGCGCCAUGUAGCUGUGUGGGAGGACUCAGAUGACCGCCUCAGUGAGCGAGUGGAGCCCUGUGUACAUUCGGUCCUCAGCACCCAUAGCUUCCAUAGCCAAGGGUUCAGCGAACCAGAACCACUUAGGGAGAAGGUUUAUCUGUACUGGAUAUAUACAGACAUGUUUCUUGUACAAUAUAACAAUGUUGGUAUUGCAUUUGUAUGAUAUUAAACAUUAUAGAUAAUCUAGAGAUGAGUUAAAAAUACAUAGGAAGAUUAUGUACACAAAUACAGCAUUUUACAUAGGGACUUAAUAAACUGCAGACUUUGGUGUCCAGGUGGUCCUAGAACCACACUCACACAUACAAAGGAUACUUUAUCAGAGAGGCCACACAAGUGAGCAGGACAUGUCCAUGUGAAGUGGAUCCAUCUGGAAAUUCACAGGGCAGAAGCCACAGUUGUGAAAAGAGCACAUA